GAGCUCGGGCCGGUCCGCCCGCACACAGGUGAGCGAGCCGGGGAGGAGCGCAGCGCAGCCAGUGUCAGGCUUGGGCGCCCGUGGCCGCCGCUCCGUGCCACGGGCCACAGACGCUUUCCCCGCCGAGGCCGAGGCGCCCCGGAGCCAUGGCCCGCCUGAACUGCGGGGUCACAAUCGCACUGCUGGGGGUCCUGCUGCUGGGCGCCGCCUUCCUGCCGCUCGGAGUAGAAGCUUCUGAGAUCGCUGUGCCACGUGGAAGCGGCAUUACAGUUGUCAUAAAGCCCGGGACCCCAACUCUGCCAGCAAAACCCUGUUACAUCAUCAUUUCUAGAAAACCUAUGACCAUGUUGUCCAUCAAAUCUGGAGAAACAACAGUCUUUUCCUUUAGCUGCCAGAAUCCAGAGAAUCACUUUGUGGUAGAGAUCCAGAAGAAUGUUGACUGCAUGUCAGGCCCGUGUCCUUUUGGGGAGGUUCGACUUCAACCCUCACCGUCGGGGCUGCCCGCUCUCAACAGGACUUUCAUCUGGGACGUCACCGCUCACAAGAGCAUUGGUCUAGAGCUGCAGUUCUCCAAGCCUCGCCUGAGGCAGAUCGGGCCUGGGGAGAGCUGCCCAGACGGAGUCACGCACUCCAUCAGCGGCCGCAUCGAUGCCACCGAGGUCAGGAUUGGAACCUUCUGCAGCAAUGGCACUGUGUCCCGGAUCAAGAUGCAAGAGGGAGUGAGAAUGGCCUUACACCUGCCGUGGUUCCACCACAGAAACAUCUCUGGCUUCAGCAUCGCAAACCGGUCGUCUAUAAAACGGCUGUGCAUCAUCGAGUCUGUGUUUGAGGGCGAAGGCUCAGCAACCCUGAUGUCUGCCAACUACCCGGAUGGCUUCCCCGAGGACGAGCUCAUGACAUGGCAGUUUGUCAUUCCCGCGCACCUGCGGGCGAGCGUCUCCUUCCUCAACUUCAACAACUCCAACUGUGAAAAGAAGGAGGAGCGGGUCGAGUACUACAUCCCGGGCUCCACCACCAACCCCGAGGUGUUCAGUCUGAAGGACAAGCAGCCCGGGAACAUGGCCGGGAACUUCAACCUCUCUCUGCAGGGCUGUGACCAAGAUGCCCAAAACCCAGGGGUCCUCCGGCUGCAGUUUCAAGUUUUGGUCCAACACCCACAAAAUGAAAGCAAUAAAACCUACCUGGUUGACUUGAGUAACGAGCGAGCCAUGUCGGUCACCAUUGAGCCGAGGCCCAUCAAACUAAGCCAAAAUUUUGUCCGCGGCUGUUUCGUGUGUCUGGGGCCUUGGUCCUGUAGCACCAACGUCACCCUGACAUCUGGCUCCAAGCACAAGAUCUCUUUCCUGUGUGAUGAUCUGACACGGCUGUGGAUAAAUGCCGAGAAAACCAUAAGCUGCAUGGACCACCGGUACUGCCCCAGGAAGUCCUACUCACUCCAGGUGCCCGGGGACAUCCUCCAACUGCCUGUGCAGCUGCACGACUUCUCCUGGAAGCUGCUGGUGCCCAAGGACAGCCUCAGCCUGGCGCUGGUGCCGGCCCAGAAGCUGCAGCAGCACACGCACGAGAGGGCCUGCAACACCAGCUUCAGCUACCUCGUGGCCAGCGCCGUCCCCGGCCAGGACCUUUACUUCGGCUCCUUCUGCCCUGGAGGCUCCAUCAAGCAGAUCCAGGUGAAGCAAAACAUGUCGGUGACCAUCCGCACCUUUGCCCCCAACUUCCAACAAGAGGUCUCCAGGCAGGGCCUGACCGUGUCCUUUAUACCACAUUUUAAAGAGGAAAGUGUUUUCACGGUGACCCCGGAUAUGAAAAGCAAGGUCUACCUGAGGACCCCUAACUGGGACCGGGGCCUGCCGUCUCUCGCCUCGGUGUCCUGGAACAUCAGCGUGCCCAGCGACCAGGAGGCCUGCCUGACCUUCUUAAAGGAGCGGACCGGCUUGGUCUGCCAGACGGGGCGCGCGUUCAUGAUCAUCCAGGAGCAGAGGACCCGGGCCGAGGAGAUCUUCAGCCUCGAGGAGGAGGUGCUCCCCAAGCCAAGCUUCCACCGUCACAGUUUCUGGGUCAACAUCUCCAAUUGCAGCCCUGUGAGCGGCAAGCAGCUGGACCUGCUCUUCAGGGUGUCACUUUCCCCAAGGACAACAGACCUGACUGUUAUCAUCAUCGCGGUGGUGGUAGGUGGCGCCUUCCUGCUGUUUGCCCUCGGACUCAUCAUUUGCCUUGUGAAAAGGAAGAGGAAAAAGGAGAUAAACAAGGGCCCGGCCAUAGGUAUCUACAAUGGUAACGUCAAUACCCAGCUGCCAAUGCAGCCAAAAAAGUUUCAGAAAAGACGAAAGGACAAUGACUCCCACGUGUAUGCAGUCAUCGAUGACACUAUGGUAUAUGGGCAUCUGCUGCAGGAUUCUAAUGGGUCCUUCCUCCAGCCAGAGGUGGACACCUACCGGCCCUUCCAGGGCCCCACGGGGGACUGCCCUCCCUCCCCGCCCCCCAUAUUCUCCAGGGCCCCGACUGCGAAGUUGACGGCAGAUGAACCAUCCCCUGACUUCCCUCCUGAGUCUGAGAGUGAACCGUACACCUUCUCCCACCCCAACAAAGGGAAUGUAAGCAACGGGAACACGGACAUUCCCUUGCUGGAUGCCCACAAGCCAGCGGAGCUAGGGGAAUAACUUGGACCCAUCCCAAAGACUUUGCAUAAAGCAGGGCACUGAGACACCCUUUAGGGUCCCCAACCAGAAAUCCUAAAGAAGAGGAAUUAUAUGGAAGGACUAACAGAAGGUUUUCCUGGAUGCCACCAAUUUCUGAUUUCCAAGUGGACUCAUUUCAAUGAUGAGACGUUGAAAAUGAUGAACUCUGAUCUGGAUACAAUCAUCACAGUUCAUGUCCAUCUAAACUCAGGUUGAGCUGUAAACCAGCCUGUAAUGAGAGGGGAGAGUGUGAGUCACCCAGGACAGGGUUGCGAUGAGCCCUGGAUUUGGAUUUGGAUUUAGACCUCAUCAGGUCGACAGUUCCAAUCCCUAGGAGGCUGCCGAGGUCCCUGCUCUCACUGGGGUCCCUUGGAUGAAAAUGACAAUGUGCCUUUUUAUUAUUAUUAUUUAUUUGCGGUCCUGUGUAUUUAAGAAGUUGAAUGUACAACCGUACAGCUCUGUUCACCUGACCUAGUGACAACUUAUGCUAACUGUGUGGACGGCUGGGUUUUGACUUCUAGUGAUGACCACUAGAUAAACAUGUGCUCAUCCCCUGGGAAGUGGGAAGAAUUUGCAUUCUGUGCAGCCAGAAGAGUGUGUGUGUUUGAGCAGCGUUGAUGCAUUGACGCGUAUCUGCUUUGAUAAGAGACUUCUUCGUUCUCUUGCUCUGCGUGUGGUUACCCCACUACAGAAAUUCAUUGAGUCCCAUUGUCCUUUAGUCUUGGAAAUAAGAGAAAUUUCCUUGAAUUGCCAUGUGUGGCUCUCGCAGCUGCAACAAUACUUUGGCAUUUAAACAGAAAUUCAGAGAGUAUUUUCAGCCUCUAAAAAUGUUUGAAAAUACACCAGAGUGGCCACCUGGAUUCGUUUCCUAUUACUACUGUAACAAAUUACUGCAAACAUGGUGGCUUAAAAC